AGAAAAUACCAAAUUUUCAGAGAAGAAUUUUCUGCUAACAACAGAUCCAUCUCUCUGUUUUGAUCGCGCUACUAUGUGCAGGCAUCUCUUUUAUCACCGCGACACUCAAUCGCCGCUCUGCUCUCUGCUCUCCUCGUCGCUCAUCUCGCCGCUCCACUAUGUUUUCAGCCUUACUCAUCAGAUUCGUCUGACACGCACAGUGACGGUUAUACUACGAAUUCUUCAAGUUACCACAGUGGUAAUUCUGGUCAUGAUCACAUCACUGCAUCCGAAGAUAAGGACAAUAACCACACAGCCAUACUGCCUGAACAAACUGGAGAGGUUCCAACACACCCGUCAAAUACCAUUAUGUCCAUUUUCACCGCUGAGGGAGAUUCGGAAAAAAUAUUUUCUGCUGCAAUCCAACCGGAAUUGGCUGCUUGCUGGUCAAAGAUCCUUACAACUGGAUUAUCAGCAGAGACGAAAGAGACUCUGAUCAAAAAAUACCUCCCCCCAGAAAAUUGUCAAGAACUUCAACCCCCCUUAAUAAAUCAGAAGUCAAGAGAGCUUCACCAGUAAAUGCUGUCCGUCGGGAUGAACGUAUAGCACGUCUUCAAAACAAGUUGGAGCAGCCACUUCAGCCAUUUCUCUUUUGAUCACUGAAAUGCUAAAAAAAGAGGGAGAGGCAAAUAGGGAAUAUAUAGAGUCUCUCAAUGACAUAGGGCGGUUAUUAUGUGAUGUUCACCACAAUGAAACCGUCUCACGAAGAGAAAUAAUCUGAUUGAAUUUGAAUAAGGAUUUCAAAGAAACAUUGAAAGACACACCCAUUGGAAAAUUGCUUUUUGGAAGCGAUUUAGACUCUACAUUGAAAACAGCAAAAGAACUUGAAAAGUCUACUGAACAACUGAAGGUUCAUAAAAAUAAUUACCGCCAACCAAAUCAGGGAAACUUCAAACGUCCAUCUCUGUCAAGGAGGGGAACCCAACAGAGUGGACACAAACUUCAUGUUCCUACCAGUCACCAAAGGAGUUACCAGUACAACAAGUCUCGUCGACAUCGACCCGGAAGGCAGGACCGACAGAGCGACAAGAGAAGUCGACUUCAAUCUUAGAGGUCAGUAAACCUUGUGGAAGGUUGAAGUACUUCGUAAAAAGAUGGACAUCUUUCCUUUAACCAAAAAAUUCUUUCAUAUAUUAAGGGUCUUAGUAUACCUUUACAUGCCUUACCAAGACAAACAGUUGCACUAUCAGAUCCAAAGCGUUCUAAAAAAGAAUAUAAAACUAUUAGUAGCUUAAUUCUGGAGUUCAUCAAAGAUGGAACUAUUUGUCCUGUAAUCCCAAGGGAAAAUCAAUUUCUCUCUAACAUUUUUACCGUCCCUAAGUCAGAUGGCUCCUACAGAUUAAUCAUAAAUCUAAGAAGAUUCAAUCACUUUGUACACACAUCUCACUUUAAAAUUGAAGAUUACAGAACCGUUGCUCAUUUAAUCACACCUAAUGCUUUCAUGGCUACUAUAGAUUUAAAAAAUGCAUACUAUCUAGUGCCUAUUAAAAAAACUCAUAGAAAAUACCUAAGAUUCAGUUUUAAUAAUCGCUUAUAUGAGUACAACUGUUUACCCUUUGGUUUAAGCUGUGCACCUUAUGUAUUCACAAAAAUUAUGAAACCUGUAAUGUCUUUCCUUAGGAAGAAAGGUUAUUUAUCUGUAAUCUAUUUAGACGAUAUUCUUCUCUUAGGAAGAAACAACGAAGAGUGCGAAAAUAAUGUGAGAGAAACGAUGAGAUUUUUAGAGCACUUAGGUUUUUUGAUAAAUUAUGAAAAAGCAACUUGAAUCCAAAUCAGAUAUGUCGGUAUCUAGGUUUUCUGUAUAAUUCACAGAAUCUGUCAAUUUCCUUACCGGAAGAUAAAUUAGAGUUUUUAAGCUUUUGAAUAAGUUUCAUUCAUUAAAAGAAUUUACAAUUCGUCAAUUUUCGAAGUUCAUUGGAACAUUAGUGUCAGUGGCACCUGCAAUCAUUAUUUGAACGCCAAAAAGUUUUUGGCUUUGGCAAAGGCUAGAGGAAAUUAUGAGGCAAAAAUGUCUAUCCCCAAAAGCCUUUCUUCUGAUUUUAGAUGGUGGAGUAGUAGUGUAAAGAAUUCUGCCAACUCAAUUGACUCGAAGCAGUUCCAAUUAGAAAUAUUUACUGAUGCUUCGACAUCAGGAUGGGGCGUCUAUUUCAAUGAUGACACCACCUACGGUUUUUGGUCAGAAGAGGAAAAAUACUCUCAUAUCAAUGAACUAGAACUAUUAGCCUUAUUUUUUGGUCUGAAAUGCUAUACAAAACAUCUUCGAAAUUGUAAUAUUUUAUGCAGAAUAGAUACUACCGCAAUAUGCACCAUCGAUCGAAUGGGAAGUGUUAAAUAUAGAAAUCUGAAUAAUUUGGCAAGAAAAAUCUGGACGUGCCAGGAUAGAAACUUAUACAUAUUUGCCUCUUAUAUACCCUCAAAAGAAAACGUUCACGCAGACGAGGCAUCAAGAGAGAUUCAUAAGGAAACAGAAUGGACUAUUUCUAACUAUGCAUUUGAAAAAAUAAAGAAAACAUUUGAUAACCCCACCAUUGAUCUCUUUGCUAGUCGCUUGAAUAAAAAGUGUCCAACCUUUGUAUCCUGGAUGAGAGACCCGGAAGCCUUUCAAGUCGAUGCCUUCACAUUAGACUGGUAAAAGUUCUACUUCUAUGCAUUCCCACCCUUUUCCUUGGUUUCAAAAGUACUGCAAAAAAUUAUCAAGGAUAGGGCAAAGGGCAUUGUGGUUAACCGACGUGGGUAUCUCAACCCUGGUACCCCAUUUUCCAAAAAUUAUUAGUUCAAGAACCCUUAAUUUUCAAACCUAAAGAAGCCUUCCUUUCUUUCAGCGGGACUCCCCAUCCCUUGUCAGACAGCCUUUUCCUGACAGCAGGGAAGUUAUCCGGGAAGCGCUACUACAAAGAGCCGUACCUCAAGACUCUUUAGACAUUUGCAUAUCAUACAUCACCAACUCUACCUUAAAACAAUACACCACCGGCUUAAAACUUUGGUGGUCAUUCUGCAGUUCGAAACAAUUGAAUCCAUUUAAUGUCAAUGUUCCAGAUGUUAUGAAAUUUCUAAUAUAUCAUUUUAAAAAUGGUGCUUCUUAUGGAACACUCAACUGUUAUCGAUCUGCUAUAUCUCAAAUAGCUGGUCCUGAGAUAGGCUCUGAUAUCAGGAUAAAAAGAUUUUUCAAGGGAAUUUUUGGGUUGAGACCUCCUUUACCCAAAUACGAACAUACUUGGGAUCCGGCUAUUGUACUCAGUCAUGUUAAAGAUCUGGAUAAUGACGAUAUUCCACUUGAGCUUCUCACACAAAAAUUGGCAAUUUUAUUGGCUCUUGCAACGGGUGAGAGGGUCCAGACCUUGAGUUUAAUCAACAUUAAAAAUAUCAAUAUCCAUCCUGAAAAAAUCGAAAUAAAAGUAACCGAAAGAAUAAAGACAUCCGCGACGAACAAAUUACAACCCUUACUUGUUCUUCCCUUCUUUCAUGACGCAAAAAUUUGCGUAGCGGAAACUCUCAUAAAAUACUUAGAAAAAAUUAAAGAAUUAAGAAAUACGUGCGACUUUCUUUUUAUUACAUACAAAAAACCUCAUCACCAGGCAUCAUCUCAACCGAUUAGCAGAUGGACAAAAAAUAUUCUAAAAGCAAGUGGUCUUGAUACCAACCAAUUUAAAUCUCAUAGCACUCGACACGCUUCAACAUCAGCAGCUACUCGAGCAGGAGUCAGUUUUGACGCUAUCCGAUUAACAGCAGCAUGGUCUCAGACAUCUCAAACAUUUGCUCGUUUCUAUAACAGACCUAUCUUAGAUAACCAAGAAUUUGCUAAUGUUAUAUUAGGUUUAGGCAACAAACGAUUAGUAUAGCUAGUAUACAUAAAUCAGUUCAUUUAUCCACUUAGGGUUAUGUUAGUUUGUUACUGGGGUUCAUGUUUCGUUUUUUGUUCUUUUUUUGUUUUCAAAAUUAAAUAAAAAGGACUAAAAGAGAGCUGUUGCAACUUUCUUUAAACAUCUACACAUCUUUAUUUACGAGACGAGGCCUUCAUAUAAUAAUCAGAUCAAACGAACUUACCUAACUGAUGUUCGAUCUUGAUUAUAUGAAGGCCUCGUCGAAGUAAAUAAAGUCCCAAUACCCACCCUAAUUAUCUACGAUAGUUCCCCUAAUGAGCUAGAGUUGCAACAUUACCUUUAAAAAAGACUGAGAAUUCCUGCGAUGAGUACCAGCGACGGAGAUGCGAGGAGCCCAGGGAGGGGGUUUGUUUACUUUAAAUAAUGUGGUCGUUCGGGGCGAAAUC